CCCAUGUUGGUCGUGCCCUCCUCCGGGGUGCCUCCCCGCCGGCGGAGAACACCGGCGCCAGCGAACGUGUUGCCUCCUCUGGUUGCGUGGAAACUAAACGGGCAAGCCUUGAACCGCUGUGGCGGAAAGCAACGCGCAGCAAGUUGAAUCAGCUUGACGGUGGAAGAAAAAAAAAACACGAGGAUGAGAAGCAGGAGAGCGCCUCAAACGCUCACCGGUUGCACGAGUGAUUGAUGCGUCGUGUCCACCGAGAUGUCCGUGGCAGUGGACUACGUGUUGAUGUGUCUGCUGCUGCACAGCCUGGCGCUCCUGACCUUGUGCCUCCAGCACUCUGCCAGCGCCUGCUCCAAACAUUGCUACUGCUCCGAGAGCGACAGCGGCGGCAAGACACUACGCUGCAGCAACCAGCGCCUGACCGAGAUCCCGCGGGACAUCCCCAACGACACCCGCAGGGUCUACCUGGACUUCAAUCUCCUAACUUCUGUCCCAGCCGACGCCUUUGCUGGUCUGUCGCACCUAGUGGAACUGGACCUCUCGCAUAACGACAUUAGCCAGCUACAGCCGGGUGCGUUCCGAGGCUUGAGUUCCUCGCUGCGGUUCCUGGAUCUUUCCGCUAACAAGCUUGUCCACUUCAACGCCGACUCCUUCGAGGGCCUCCGGGCUCGCGCCAACUUGACCGACAAUCCCUGGCAUUGUGACUGCAACCUGCAGAUGGCCAUGCCACGUGUGGACCUGGAGCCCGUGUCGCUGACCGGCAUUGUUUGUCAGACUUCCGAACCGGAAGAAACAGCUGUACGGGGACUGGCCUUCCUCUUGGAGCCGGACGUGGACUUGUGCGUGGUCAUGAAAAGGACUACAGACGUGGCCAUGCUGGUGGUCAUGUUUGGCUGGUUCACCAUGGUCAUCUCUUAUCUUGUCUACUACGUAAGGGCCAACCAGGAGGACGCCCGUAGACAUUUGGAGUAUCUCAAAUCCUUGCCCAGCAGGCAAGCUAAGUCGGAGGAGUCUUCCACCAUCAGUACUGUUGUUUAGCCUCGACGACAGUCUUCUCCAACCUAUGUUCAGACUCAACGUUUCCCGUCACAGUAGCUCGGAAUCACUGCUCUAUGCUAACAGCGAUGCGAGGUUUCAUACGAAAAAACGGUGAAUCACGCAAUACAUUUACAUGCAGCCGAUAAUCAGGUUAACAUUCGGGUUUUUCUAGGCCAGGGGUUCCCAAACUAUUCCACCUCUGGCCAUGUGGAUGCUGGAUUUCUUUCCAACAAAACAGGACGACACAUGUGGACCAAUUUGGUGUUUUACAAGUGUAAUCAGUUGAUUGUAGUCAGGUGCUGCUUGUUUUAGCAGAAACCUCAUUGGUUAAACGGUCUGUACUCGAUCGGUAGGAACAAAAACCAGGACCCACAGGGGUCCUUGAGGACCGGUUUGGGAACCACUGUUCUAGGCAUUCGGAAUUAUCCGUUCACACACGUGAGCUUACAUUUGCAAAUCACGCAAAUUGCGUAAUUUCCGCAUUCCACCGAACUACAGAACUUUUCACUAAAUUUCACUAGCCAAAACAUGCAGCUCUUUGUAAGGUUAGAAAAAAAGUCACCCUACAAAGGGUUUAAAAAUCUGAUCACCGUCUCUUGGUUCGCGAAUGUGUGGCCAUGUAAAUCGGCUAUCUUGUUAGCAUUUAGCGCAUGCUCCGUUUAAGAGGAAUGCUGGUCUUUUGAGUACCGUACCUGUAUAUGGCGAAACCAACUUUUUGGCGAAAGGGAGUACCAGGAUAGUAAGAUGUAGGAGUGGGAACCUCUUGGUACCUCACGAUACGAUAAAUUUGCGAUACAAAGCUCACGAUAACGAUCUGACGAAAUAGCGAUACAAUGACAAUCGAUACAUUGGUACAUUGGUCUAGGAUUUCUAUAAACAACUAAUAAACAGAAAAACAAGUGUCUGCUGUGAAUUUGAAUGAGUUUAUCACUAGUAGAUGGAAUGAGUUUAUCAGUAGUAGACGUCCAAUCCAUUUGAAAUGGGAGGGUGGCUGCGCUGCCAUCCCUCCCAAUUCAAACGGAUUGAACGUCUAUGGCCGGUAGUGGCAGCCAAUGCGGCAUUGAGGUAAUUUUGGGCCAUUUAAGGUCAUUUACCUGUUGAUUUUCAGUUACUUCCUGUUGAUUGUGGGGUAUUUUAUGGGUCACUUCCUGUUUAUUUUGAGUUACAGAACAGGAAGUGACCUGGGAAUCACACGAAUGAAUAGGCAGUGACUCAAACUCAAUGGGAAAUGACCUGUAAAUGCCAUAUAAUGAACAAGUGACCUGUAAAUGCCCCAAAAAUCGGACCGAAUAACUGAAUGCUCUGGUUUUGAAUGAACGAACGUUCUCAGUCUAAAUGGAUUGGGCGUCGAGCACCGUCAAUGGCAGCGUUAGAGUUAACUGAGACACUAUUAUAGUGGAAGAUUUUGGUAGCAACUUAAUGGUUCCUUUUUUUUUUUUUUUUUUUAAACAUUGACACCUUUUUCAAACGAUAUUUCGAUUCUUGACAGCAGCAUAUCGACAACCUUUUGGGAUAGAAAGUAUCACGAUAUAUCGCCAUUUCGAUAUUUUGUCACACCCCUAGUAAGAUGUGAUGAAAGGUUAUGACUAGAGAUGUCUGAUCGAUUGGGUCCGAUCACGUCAUUUUCAAAGUAUCGGAAUCGUCAAAAAAAUA